AUGCCAGAUUCAAAGAAACCAAAGAGGUCAAACGCAGCCACACGAUGGGAACCCAAUAUGGAGAAAAAUCUAGUUACUCAAAAUUCCUUUCGAAGCCAGAAACAUGAUCUAGCGAGCAGCAGUGGUCUGGAGGGGAAGAGAAGGCCAACAGAGACUGUAAUCCAAUUGAGCAAGGAAGCCCUUGAGGAUUGGGGCAGUGCUCAAGAAAGGAAGGUGCUACAGAGGAGAAAGUUGGCAGAGCAGACCAUGCACAGCUCCAAAUGGCAAAAACCAGGGGCUGGUUGGGUCAAGGCAAAUACCAACGGUGCUCUGUUUGAAGAAGGAAAUACGUUCAGUGUUAGCUAUGUGGUCAGGGAUGCAGAGGGACGAAUAGUGGCAGCUAGCUAG